AUGUACCACCCUGACGCAGCAACAACCGAACGGGUGGCAGCGUUUGAGGCCUGGCUGGAUGCAGGCGGGGUGCAGUAUCCGCUCCUGGCCAUUGCGCCGUCGCGGUAUGGCCUGGGCAUCACGGCGGCAAAGGACGACGGCGUUGCCCGAGGCGACGAGCUGCUGCGCAUCCCGCUGGCCAUGCUGCUCACGCAAGAGACGGCGGCCUCGUCACCAUUUGCUGGCUCGCUGGUCGCCGCCUGGGCGGACGCUGAUUGCCCGCUGCCGGCAUCGGCUGAAACUCCGGCUGGUAGUGAUGGCGGCGACGAUGACGACGUCGUCGGCGGUGAUGGCAGCGACGACGGCGAGGCGCUGGACGGGCCGUCGGUGGAGGAGCGGACGCAUACGACGUCGCUGGAGCGGCUGGUGCUGUACCUGUAUCUGAUCCAUGCACGCGCGGAGCGGACGACCUUUCACACUCCGUACAUCGAUCUCCUCCCGCAGGUCAUCGACUCGACGCCCGUCACCUACAGCCCCGAGGUGGCCCGCCUGCUUGCCGGCACCAACAUGGAACGGACUGUGGCUGGCAUCCGCAGUGGCCUGCAUGCGCUGUAUGACUCGCACAUUCGGCCGCUGGUGGCCCGCGGUGUGCUGGAUGGCGACGUCUUUGAUAUGGACAGCCUGCUCUGGGCGUACUCGGUCUUCUGGUCACGAUGCUAUGGGAUCCCCGCCCGCGAUGCGACCGGAAACCUCCGGCUCUCGGCGGCACUCGUUCCGCUGGCCGACAUCCUCAAUCACUCGGGCGAUGUCGGCGUCGAGUACGUCACCUCGCUCACCGACGGCUACUUUGCGCUCAAGACCCGGACGCCAACCGCAGCCGGGUGCGAAGUCUUCUCCAACUAUGGCGAUGCCAAGGGCAAUGAGAAGCUGCUUCUCACCUACGGCUUUGCCGGACCGUCGGUCGUCGAGGACACGUACUUUGUGCAGCUAAGCGCCGGCGGCGCCGGACACUACCUCUCGCUGGCGGCGCCGCUCCCGGACGCGCUGGUCGACGAGGCGCAGGCACGGACUCAUGCGUCCGGCACGACUGCUUCCACGCACAAGCUUCGGGCACUCACGCACUUGCUUGCGCUCUUCCGUGCCCGGCAUCUCGCUGCUGGCGUCUCGGCGGCAGACGAUGAGGCCGUGCUCGAUGCUGGCGUCUGGCCUGCCUCGGGCGCCGAGCUCACCCUUGACGAGCGGCACUGCCUCUACUACCGCCGCGGCCAGAGCCUUAUUCUGGAGGCGGCCAUGGCAGCGGUCGAGACGGCGAUUGGCGCACUUGAUCUGCAACCGGAGAAGCUCUGGGUGGCGCCUGCGCGCUCAGAGGCCGGCACACAACAGGUUGAAACCUGGCGGACGUGGGCGAGCAGCGUUGGCCUCGAUUUGCCCAUCUCCUCGCCAUUGCGCAUUCCCGAGGCGGCGGCGCUGACCCGGAGCGCGUUCGUGCCGUGGGCCGCGGGCGGCGACCGGAUGGCGGGAGCGCUCGACCAGCUGCUGGCGGACCCGAUGGUCGAGCUGGAGCUCAGCACCGCAUUUGCGAUCUGGAUUAUCUACGCACGCCACACGCCGUCGGCACCCCUGCAUGGGCUGGCGGCGGCGCUGCCAGCCGAGCAUCCCAGCCCAGUCUUCGCCUCGCCCAGCAUGCGCAACGUCCUCGCCGCUACGCCGCUCUUUCCCGCUCUUGUCGACGCCAUGACUGUAGCCAAGACCGAGUACGAUGCGGUUGUGGCAGCGCUGAGCGCCGAGAGCCUCGGGCUAGCAGAGGAGACACUUGCGCUCCUUGCCUGGCCGCGGUAUCUGUGGGCGAGUGCGUGCGUCGACCUCCACGCCAUGGCUGUUGCGGGGCGGACGAGCGACCUUGUCUUCCUUCCGAUCCACCCGUCGGCCUUUGUCUACUCGCCUCAUGCUGACGCAUACGCUGUGGCGCGGCUUGAUGGCAGCUACGAGGUUGUGAGCGUGUGGCUCAGCGAGAACACCACACCAGGCGUGCCAAUCCCCAAUGCACCGCUUGUGGAGGCAUCGAAUGCAGAGGCUGCGCUCCGGUUUGGUGCAGCGGCACCAGGCAACACCAACGACGUGCUCGAGCUUCAGCUGAGCGCCGAUGACGGUGACGAGGUGCGCCUGCAGUUUGCGCUGGGCGACGGGCCUGCCAAGUGGCGGGCUACAAUGGCACGCGCACUGUAUGGCGACGCCACGCAGGCGCCAGGCGACGAGGUGGCGCAAGCCGGUUACGAGAUGCUCAUCGGCGUUGUCGAGGAGCGGCGUGCGCUGGCGGCUGCGGCCGAGAGCGUCGAUGUGUCUUGUCCGGCGGAUGAGGGCGUGGUGCGGUAUGUGGCAAGUCUUGUUGCUGCUGCCGAGACUGUUUUGGCUGCAUUCAAGUAAAAACCCCGUAACGGUA